UUUCUUGAUCGAAAAUUUUCUAUUUUCUUCACUGUUUCUACUUUCUUAGACACACCAGUUUUUUGCAAUUUCUUAAUAUAAUAAUUUAAUUAUUUUAUUAGCAAUUAAAAAUAAAUAUUUGGUUUUUUCUUGCGUCCUUGCGGUAUCUAUAUUACAAGUUAUCUUAAAUUAUCCAACAUUAAAACAUGAAAAAAUUAUCAAAAGUUACUAUCAAAAGUUCCACUUAACCAAGUAUAUACAUAUUUUCGUGGCAUUCGUGCAAUGCUAGCAAAUUUUAAGUAACACUUACUCUAAACGCACCUUAACUAAGCGAAGAACUGGAAUGACGUUGGUGCAAUCGGGCCUUAGUUAUUUAGUUGCCACAUAGAAAAUAUAUCGACGAAUCACGACAAACGACAUGAAACGGCAUCCAAUUGCAUCGCUCCGUGUUUAUCAAAUGAAUUUUACAAUUCAUAGACGAAUUUCAUCCUGCUUGAUCGGAAUUCUGUACAUGUCCACUGACAACUGUCGAUGUCGUUAACUAAUGACAGCCAAUAGCAAGGACGAUCUUGGAAAAAAGCGCAGCUGUCAUUGGCUGUCGUUAGUUAACGAUAUCAAUAGUCGGUAAGCGAGAACCCCGAAACUUCUUGAUCGGCUUACUCCUUGGUGCAAAAAAUUGCAUCACGUGUGUGAAUUCGUGUUUAUUGCAAGCCGUUUCCAUAGUAACGGCUUUAUAUCGCGAGUCGUGGGAAGUAUGUAACGUUCGUGCCUUAUACAGUGCGUGAUAUUUACCGAAUCUAUUUUUUAUUUGUAUAUAAUAUUUUAAAAAAUUCGACGAGAUGACUGAGACGAUUGAAUGGAAUAUGAAAAUUAUUUUGAGCAUAAAAGAAGGAAAGAAUUUUGAUCAAGUUUUCCAACCGACAUUAUUGAUUGGAACUUUGAAUGGGUAUUCCUUAGAAAGUCACAAAAUUGAAGCAUGUCCAAAUCCACAGUAUAAUUCAGAUCUGAUUUGGAUAACCAAUAAAACAGCAGUCAAAAAAAUGCGAUCAGAGCAAACUUCAUUAAAAUUAGAAUGCUUUGCUCUUAAGAGCAAUGGCAAAGAGCGAAUCGGAUAUGUUAUGCUAAAGUUACGUUCUGCACAAGUAAUAUCUCAUAAGGAUGGAUGUGUAAGUCCUGCAGCAAAUUGGUUUAAAUUGUUGGGGUUAAGAAAGGAUUUUAAAAUGCAAAAACCUAAGUUGCUUAUUGCUUUAAAGAUCGAAGAAACUAAGGAUAUAAUUGUAGAUCCAGUCACAGAGGUAGAAUAUUUCACGAUAGAUAAUAAUAUUAUUUUACGAAGUGAUGAAAUAAUCCCUUACAUAUAUCCUGAUGAGCAAUUAAUUCAAUUGGGACCUCUAAGUCAAUGUUAUGAAUUAUUCAUGCUAAAUAUUACAGCUACGUGUACAAGAAGUUUAGAUGCAUUGUUAGCUGAAUACUCAAACAAGUACAAUUCUGUAUGUUUCUCAUAUCAAAUUUUGAAAAACAGCAUAGAGCUUAAACCACUCAAUUUAGAAUCUAAGACACCUUAUGUUCUUGAGAAAGUAGUGGUGAGAAUACGAAGCUCUUUGAGUGUCUUAAAACAUUAUCUAAGAUUAAACCCAGAUUUAUUAAUAUUUUUGAUGCAAGGAAAUAAUGUAAUAGCAAAAUCAUCAGUUAAUCUGCAAUCGUUAAUACCUGUGGAUAAUCUGCAAGAAUUUCUCGAAUGCACUGGGAAUGCGACUACCACUUUAUACGAACAAUGUUUUUUGAACAAACAAAAUUCAACGGAGAAACUUGUUGAAAACCAACAUGAAAAACCAUAUAUUAAUUUGCAAAUUAAAUUGGAAUAUAUUGGAAACAAGACAAACAUAUUGAACUUUGAUACAGCAACGAACUACAACAAAUGCAUAACAUAUUUCCCUCAAUGUAAUAAAAAAAAUAUGGAUAACAUCGUACGGCAAUGUCCAGCGAUUGAGUCUGACAAAAAUCCUAAUGAUGAUUUUAAAAACAAUUUGAAAAAGGAUUCAAAUAAACUAAAAUAUAAAAUGGAAUUUAACGAUGAUGAAUAUUUCAAAUGGCAAAGACUAAGAUAUAAAGUGCUUGAGUCAUGCAUAAAUAAAAAUGACUCGCUCGUCAAUCAUUAUAAUAAAAAUUACAAUGACAGGAUAAAUGUAAGCUCUUAUAAUUGCUACCGCCUACAAAUCAAGCUUGUAACAAUAGCAUUGGUAUCUCCAAAACUAUCUGGACGACAAAUUGAAUUUCGAUUUCAUCAUCCAAUAGCUGAGGCUAUCACGUCAAGCGAAUGCACGACAAUAGAGUCAUGUGAUAUGAAAUUUGAUCUAGAUAUUGAAUGUCCAUUUUAUUUUAUAUCCGAACCAGAUAAAAUAAGACAAUUAUUACGAUAUUCACCGAAGAUUAGUAUAUAUGAUGUAAACGAAACGAAUAAAUUAUUAUCACAGCUAGUGCUUGAUGUAAAACCAUUGUUUGAUUCAGUUAAGCCCAAAUGUGAAUAUACAUUAUCUGUGUUCGAUACAGACGAUAAAAAAAUUGCUGAAAUGGACGUUAUGCUUAUAUUAUACGAUAUUGGACCGCUUCCUGUUUUAACGAUAGAUAAUAUAAUUAAUAACAAUACAGGCUUACCGAUGUUACAUGAUAAUUUGGUAUAUGACAUAGUGGACGAGCUCGAAACGUGGAAGGAACGCCAAAAGGAAAUAUUUAAAACCGAGCUCAAAAAAAAGGAAGAACGACAUUUAAACAUGUUGAGCGAGGAGUGGCAUAAGUACAAAGAAAAUCUGGAAUCAAAUUUUGCAUUUAAUGUUGAGAAAUGUAAAAUGUUAACCAACAGUUUGAGCAAUGCUAGUGAAGCUUUAAAAAGGUGCAAAACAAAGAUGUGUAAAUAUGAGUCUAGAUUGCAAUCGACAGACGGAGAGUUGCAACGAAGAUACACAGCCAAGAUGCACAAAUUUAAGAAUAUGUUGCAUGCUACGCAACAAAAUUUUAAAGCAAAGGUCACUGAGUUUGAGAAGAAAAAAAUUAGCUUAGAAGAUCGAAUAAAGACAUUAGAGCAUGAUAAUGCAAAUAUAAAAUUAUUGUUAAAAAACCGGAUUGAUGAAUCAUCAAAAUAUCAAAUGAAUCAAUUUCAAAUGUAUACAAUGCAAAACAUGAAAAUUCUCGAGGAACAAUUAAAACAGGCUAUGAAAUCGAAAGAAGUUUAUAAAGAGUUAUGGAACGACGAAAUUAAUGCAAGACGCACACUAAAAUCGGACUAUCAACAAGCUAUAGAAUCUCAAAUAGAGAAAAAUAAGGAAGAAUUGAAUGUUUUGAAAAUGCAGGCAGAUCUAUGUUUAAUGGCAAAAGAUAUGUAUGAUGAUAAAAUUUGUUUAUCGUCUAUGGAAUUUAAGAUGCCAUUUGUCACUUCGGAAGAAAUCAGCAAUCAAACUUGAUUGCUGAAAAUAUGAUUUUUGACACGGCGUUUAUUGAAAUAUUUGUUGCAAUAAUAUAACUAUUUAUGAUCAAUCAAAGGAAACUGAGUAUUACUUGAAUGAGGAAUAAUAAAUGAAAUGAAUAAGUAUAUGUAAAAAAUGUUGAAAUGAAUAAAUAUAUGUAAUUUCCUUUUAAAAGUCAGAAAUUAUACAAGUAAUGAUGAUGAUAGAGAAUUUAUUUCCUAGCCUAGCUUUUUUCAAGUGGCAUUCAAUCUUUGUACACGAAAA